AUGGGAUCAACAGCAACGCCGCCUCUACCCCUGACAACCACAUUUACUCCUCCACGGGGAUGCCUCCAUGAUCUCUGGGCUGCCAUGAGCGGCGGCUCAACUUGGAUGAAUCUGGGACCUAUCAACACCGCCGAAUGUCUACCGUCAGGCUGGGCUCCGGCCUCCUAUUUCUCGCCUGGAGUUUGCCCGAGUGGAUAUGCCAUUGCCAGUAAAUCAACCGCAGGGAGUGGGACGGCGACGCAGACGAUCGCAACAUGCUGCCCAGUUGUGUCAGGAAGCACGUAUUCAUUGCGAACGACGAGUGCGCAAGUGCCUGCAUUGCAAACCAAUGAGGUCUGUGAGUGGACACUACCAUCGUACAUCCAGACCACAUACAACUACACCUGGACAGAUGGGCGAGGCUCGACAUCCUCGGCUCUGGGCACUAUGGGAGGCAAUGGAAUCUUCAAUGCAUACGGUAUCGAAAUCCGGUGGCAGUCGACUGACACCGGUUCAGUGCCGGCCUCGGCAACCGUAACAACCACACCGACCAGCACAGAUACACCGUACAGUGUCACCAACGAGGGCUUGUCAACAGGUGCCAAAGCAGGCAUCGGAGUUGGUGUUGCGGUCGGUGUGAUUUUGGUCAUUGCCCUUACCUUUGGAUUUUUUCUAUUCCGGCGACGACAGCGCCAGACACAGACUCUUGAUUCUUCGCCAGAUGUCGGUGGACUGGCUGUGCGAGCUGCUAACCAGGCACCCGUCGAACUGUCCGCGGCAAGGGAUAAUAAGUCGUUCGUUUAUGUGAAGCCAGAACUGGCUUCAACCUCACUGCUAGAAAUGGCGAGCAGCCCCGAGGCAUCUCAUUCUCCGUCGCCUGAAGCGGCCGAACUAGAUGGGAAAAUUGUCAGGUGA